AUUGAACUCUCCGUCCUUUUUUCUCUCUCUACAUACUUCUCUUACCUCCAUAUCACAGCACAAUCUGGUUUUGUUUCCAACUAAGCACAACAAUGUGGUUCUUUGACUGAUCCAAAAGAUUAUAAAGAUGAAGAGAAGACGUUUCUAUGGUUUGAAGCAUCCAUUUGAUCCAUGCCCUUUCGAGUUCUUCUACUCGGGUACAUGGAAGGCUGUGGAACACAUAAGGAUCGAAGAUGGAAGAAUGGCAAUACGUCUGUUAGAGAAUGUUUAUGUGUUGGAAGAUAUUCGUCCGUUCCAAAGGCUUCGUCUCAGAUCAAGAAAGGCGACAUUGACCGACUGUAUCUGUUUCCUUCGUCCUGAUAUCGAUGUUUGUGUCCUCUAUCGUCUCCAUGAGGAUGACUUGGAACCGGUUUGGGUUGAUGGGAGGAUAGUUUCAAUAGAGAGGAAGCCUCAUGAGUCUGAAUGCUCUUGCAAGUUCAAUGUUAGAAUUUACAUAGACCAAGACUGCAUUGGUUCUGAGAGACAAAGAAUCAAUAAAGAUUCCGUGCUCAUCGGUCUAAACCAAAUCGCUAUUCUCCAAAGGUUUUACAAGGAACAAAGUACUGAUCAGUUCUACAGGUGGAACUUCUCUGAGGACUGCACUUCGUUGAUGAGAACAAGACUUUCGUUAGGAAAGUUCUUGCCAGAUCUUUCUUGGUUGACUGUUACUUCCAUUAUGAAAAGCAUUGUGUUUCACAUAAGAACAGUGCAAACCAAGAUGGUUUAUCAGAUUAUAACAGACGAAGGCUCUAGCAGUUCUUUGAGUUCCAUGAACAUUACUGUGGAGGACGGUGUUUCGUUAUCAAAAGUGUUUCAGUUUAAUCCGGCGGAUAUAGUCGAUGAUUCUCAAGAUCCUGAAAUAAAGCAAGAAACUGAUUUUUAUCCUGAAGAAGAAGAGGUAAUGGAACUGCGUCGGUCCAAGAGAAGAUAUGUGAGACCGGAUAGAUAUACAGGAUGUGAUUAUCAGCCAGAUACAAAUGACGCUUGGGUGCGGAUGAUGCCAUACAAGUAUGAUAAAUUGGCUGUUGUUAAUGUGGAGAGUGAUCAGGACGAAGAAGAAGAUAGUGAUGAAGAUGGUAAUACUAAUGAUGAUUUCUACGUACCAUUGUCGCGUUUGUUCAAGAAGAAAAUAACUUAUUCUCGAGAAGAGAUACCGGAAAGUCGAAAAGACGGGAUUGUUUUGGUGGAGAAGAGGAAAGGAAGUAGACUUGGUCGAAAGAAGAGGAAAUCCGAGAUUUCGGUUAUUCCUUUCACUCCGGUAUUUGAACCUAUACCAUUGGAACGUUUUGGUCUCAAUGCUAACUGUUUAGGUGUGGGUGGCAGCUUCUCAAGAAGCCAGUACUUUGACGAGACUGAAAAGUACCGAAGUAAAUCUGUGAAGUACGGGAAGAAAAUGUCGGAAAUGGAAGAGAUGAUGGAAGCUGAUCUGUGUUGGAAAGGUCCUAACCAUGUGAAGUCGGUUCAGAAACGAAUAUCCCGACGACCAUCGCGGUCAGUUGCUCCAAAAACUGAGGAUUCCGAGGGACCACGGGUCUGUAGGAAAGUAACUUUGAGUGCAGGUGCAUAUAAUAAGCUGAUAGAUACAUACAUGAACAACAUUGAGGUAACAAUUGCAGCCAAGGACGAGCCCACCAAUGUUGUUGACAAGUGGGAGGAGUUAAAGAAGAAUAAUUUCGUAUCUAAAGUGCACAGCGAUAUGGAGCAGACCUCUAAUGGGGAUGAUAAGGGAGAGACUUCAGAGAACGAAAUGUUAUGGAGAGAAAUGGAUCUCUGCUUAGCUUCGUCUUACAUUCUUGAUGACAAUGAGGCAAGAGUGGACAACGAGGCUUUUGAAAAAGCGAGAAGUGGUUGUGAACACGAAUAUAGGCUGGAUGAAGAAAUCGGCCUGUGUUGUAGGUUAUGUGGUCAUGUAGGAACUGAGAUCAAACAUGUCUCUGCACCAUUUGCGGAACGUAAGAAAUGGACCAUAGAGACUAAGCAGAUCGAAGAGCAUGACCUAAAGACUAAAUGGAGCCAGGUCGAAGCUGAGAGAAAAGAUUUCAUUAUGUCAAGUGAUUCUUCUGAAAUGCUUGAGGCUGAAGCCAGUGACAAUGUUUGGGCAUUAAUACCUCAGCUUAAGAGAAAACUACAUGUGCAUCAGCAACGAGCUUUCGAGUUUCUCUGGAGAAAUCUAGCAGGAUCUGUGGAACCUGCACUUAUGGAUCCCACUUCAGAUAAGAUAGGUGGUUGUGUGAUCUCUCACUCACCAGGAGCUGGUAAAACUUUCCUAAUCAUUGCUUUCCUCACAAGCUACUUGAAGCUAUUUCCAGGGAAAAGACCUUUGGUUCUUGCUCCUAAAACAACUCUCUACACUUGGUACAAGGAGUUCAUCAAAUGGGAGAUCCCAGUUCCGGUUCACUUGAUCCACGGUCGAGAAACCUACUGUACCUUAAAACAGAACAGCACAGUUCAGUUCAAUGGAGUUCCCAAACCAAGCCAAGAUGUUAUGCAUGUUCUUGAUUGCUUAGAAAAAAUACAAAAAUGGCACGCACAUCCAAGCGUUCUUGUAAUGGGUUACACCUCGUUUCUGACUUUGAUGAGGGAAGACUCAAAGUUUGCUCAUCGGAAAUACAUGGCUAAAGUUCUAAGAGAGAGCCCCGGGCUUCUUGUUCUUGAUGAAGGACAUAACCCAAGGAGUACCAAGUCAAGACUACGUAAGGCCUUGAUGAAAGUUGGUACUGACUUGAGGAUACUUCUUUCUGGUACUUUGUUUCAGAACAACUUCUGUGAGUACUUCAACACGCUGUGUUUGGCUAGACCAAAGUUUAUUCAUGAGGUUCUGAUGGAGCUGGAUCAAAAAUACAAUACCAGUCAAGGUGUGAAUAAGGCGCCUCACUUACUAGAGAAUAGAGCACGUAAGUUCUUCCUCGAUAGAAUUGCCAAGAAGAUUGAUGCGAGUGUGGGAGAUGAACGCCUUCAAGGUCUCAAUAUGUUGAAGAAUAUGACUAAUAGUUUCAUUGAUAAUUAUGAAGGGAGUGGAACUGGAAGUGGUGAUGCUCUUCCCGGUCUACAGAUCUAUACAUUGUUGAUGAACUCGGCGGAUGUACAGCAUAAGAUACUCACAAAACUUCAGGAUGUAAUAAAGACUAAUUACGGGUAUCAACUGGAGGUCGAGCUUCAGGUCACAUUGGCAGCUAUACAUCCUUGGUUGGUCAAGACCUCAAACUGUUGCACAAAAUUUUUCAACCCACAAGAACUUUUGGAGAUCGAAAAACUCAAGCACGACGCAAAGAAAGGAUCUAAAGUCAUGUUUGUGCUUAACCUAGUCUACCGAGUGGUCAAGAGGGAGAAGAUCUUGAUAUUUUGCCACAACAUAGCACCAAUUCGUCUGUUUAUCGAAAUGUUUGAGAACGUUUUCAGGUGGCAAAGAGGCAGAGAGAUCUUGACCUUAACCGGUGAUCUAGAGCUGUUCGAGAGAGGUAGAGUGAUAGACAAAUUUGAAGAACAUGGAAACCCAUCCCGUAUCCUACUGGCCUCGAUCACAGCUUGCGCAGAAGGGAUUAGUCUAACCGCUGCUUCACGAGUCAUCAUGCUGGACUCAGAAUGGAAUCCUUCAAAGACAAAGCAAGCAAUAGCUCGUGCAUUCAGACCUGGACAGCAGAAAGUUGUUUAUGUCUAUCAACUCUUGUCCAGGGGAACAUUAGAGGAAGACAAGUACAGGAGAACAACAUGGAAAGAGUGGGUCUCGAGUAUGAUAUUCAGUGAGGAGUUUGUUGAGGAUCCGUCUCUAUGGCAAGCUGAGAAGAUUGAAGAUGACGUUCUUAGAGAGAUCGUUGGAGAAGAUAGAGCCAAAUCUUUCCAUAUGAUCAUGAAGAAUGAGAAGGCUUCAACAGGGUAAUGGUUUGUAUAUAUAAAAAAACAGAAUACAGUACUAACGAAUAAGAGCCUGCAAUUUUCUGCAAACAGAAACAAAAAGGUCAGUUCUCUGUUUUUACCAUGGCUUUAAAUAUCCUAAGCUCUGGAACUCCUGUGUGUCAUAUACUAAGACUGUAUAAGUAGUUUGUGAAAAUGUAUCAUAUACUAAUAAUGUAUAAGCCAGUCCUAAAAUAAUGUGAAAUAGUGAAAAAAUCAAUGAUAAUGUGAAAUAAUAUUAUGUGUUCAUCUCUGCUA